AUGGAGGCCGGGAUGGAGGCCGGGGCGGGGAGGUCGGUCCUGGGCGUCGAAGAUGUGGAGGCCGGAGGGGUGGAGGCCGGGGGGACGGAGGCCGGGGGGACGGAGUGGGGUGUGAACGUGCUGUGCUGGGGGCUGUGGCUGGUGCUGGGCUGGGCCGUGCCCGCCCACAGCCUCCCCCACCACCACCUCCUCAACGCCCUGGCCGCACUCAUGGCCCUGCAGCUCGUCUGGAUGGGCUGGCACCGGGCCCGGGCCCGGACCUCGGCCCCCACGCCCGCCCACGCCCACGCCGACGCCCGCUGGCUCAGGGGUAGCAUUACAUUAUUUGCCAUUAUUACUUUAAUUCUGGGAUCCUUUAAAAUUGGCUACUUUAUUGGAUUUUCAGAGUGUUUAUCAGUCACGGAAGGUGUUUUUCCAGUUAUACACGCUAUACAUACUGUGUUCCAGGUCUAUUUCCUUUGGAGUCAUGCCAAGGAUAUCAUCCAAUCUUUCAAAACACUUGAGAGGUUUGGGGUGAUCCACUCGGUGUUUACAAACUUACUCCUUUGGGCCAACGGAGUGUUGGCCGAGUCAAAGCACCAGCUUAAUGAACACAAGGAAAGACUCAUUACGCUGGGGUUUGGAAACAUAACAGUAGUUUUAGAUCAUCACACUCCCCAGUGCAAUUGUUCAACUGCAACCAUCUGCUCCAUAUUCUCUCAAGGGAUUUACUACCUGUACCCUUUCAACAUAGAAUACCAUGUUUUAGCGUCCACGAUGCUCUACGUCCUGUGGAAGAAUAUCGGGCGCCAAGUGGAAAGCCAACAGCACCAGAGAAUCCAAUUCGAGUUUCAUAGAGUGAUCGCCGGCACGACCCUGGGAUUGGCCGUGCUGACCUCCACCAUCUCCAUCGUGGUCAUCUAUCUGAUUCAGAUUGGCCGCUCCAGGAGCCAGAGCGAGGCGGCGCUGAUCAUGUUUUAUUUGCACGCCAUCGCCUCGCUGGUUCUGAUGGCGGGGGCCGGGAUGGCCGGCAUCCGGAUUUCCAGAAUGGAAGCCCGGUCCCCGGACGAUUCCAAGAAUCCCGCUCGGCAGCUGGACGCCGACCUCCUGGUGGGGGCGGCUUCGGGAUCCUGGCUCAUCUCCUGGGGCUCCAUCUUGGCGGUCAUCUGCGCCGAGACCCGCCCCGUCUACACCUGGUACAGUCUGUCCUAUUCCAUUCUGGUUGUCCUAGAGAAAUACAUCCAGAAUCUUUUCAUCAUUGAGGCCAUCCACCACAAGCCGGGAAAAUCGGGCGGUGACGGCGGGGCUCUUCCAAUGGUCACGGUGUCCAAUGGAAACCCUGCGUCGCUUUCUUCUCCCUGUUCCGGACGACCCCGUGGAGCUGGGGAGUGGGACGCAGAGGCACCUUCAGAGGCAGGAGAGCCCCCUCCUCGGAGGCCCGGCCUGAGCCAAGACCGCCGAGGAGACGGGAAAGGCGACGGCCGGGGCAAUGGCCCCGUGGCGUCUUUGACACCGGACCUUUCCGGCUGUAGUGUGAAUUCCCAGCGGGCCAACGGCAAGAGAGGCACCCUGAGGAACAUUGCGGCAUUUUUGUUCCUCUGUAAUAUUUCGCUCUGGAUUCCACCGGCUUUUGGAUGCCGCCCGGAAUACGAUAACGGAUUGGAAGAGAUUGUUUUCGGCUUUGAACCUUGGAUAAUAGUUGUUAACCUGGCGAUGCCAUUUUCCAUUUUCUACCGGAUGCAUUCAGCUGCCUCACUCUUCGAGGUCUAUUGUAAAAUAUGAAUUCUG